CCUGUGAGUAGGGAGAAAGUAGACACUGCAGGAUUCGAGAGAGGAUGAGGCUGAGGGGAAAGAAAGGGCCGUGUGGUGGGUCCUUGUAUGGGAGCCCCGGAAUUUGUAACCCGACUGAAGGCGCCGGACUCACUCUGCCCAGCUCUGUGGUUCUACCUCCUCUGCCACUUCUCAUGCUCUGCCUAUGGAAAGGACUCCAGCCCGGAGCUGCCCAGCCUCAGCACCCCUGUUCCAGGCUAUUCCUGGCUCCUCUCCCUCGCCAAGACAGAAAGGAGGGGACCCCACUCAAUGCUACAGUGCUGGUGGCCACACUGUAUUACAAGAAGUUGCGGCAGCCCCUCAACUACAUUCUGGUCAAUGUCUCCCUGGGGGGUUUCCUCUUCUGCAUCUUCUCUGUCUUCACUGUCUUCAUCUCCAGCUGUCACGGAUACUUCCUCUUUGGCCGCCAUGUUUGUGCUCUGGAGGCUUUCUUGGGCUCUGUAGCAGGUAUAGUGACAGGAUGGUCACUGGCUUUCCUGGCUUUUGAGCGCUACAUUGUCAUCUGUAAACCCUUUGGCAACAUACGCUUCAACUCCAAGCAUGCAUUGAUAGUGGUGCUGGUUACUUGGACCAUUGGUAUUGGGGUGUCCAUCCCACCUUUCUUUGGCUGGAGCAGGUUCAUCCCUGAGGGCCUGCAGUGCUCCUGUGGCCCGGACUGGUACACCGUGGGCACCAAGUAUCGAAGCGAGUACUAUACCUGGUUCCUCUUCCUCUUCUGUUUCGUCGUACCUCUUUCCCUCAUCUGCUUCUCCUACUCGCAGUUGCUAAGGACUCUCAGAGCUGUGGCAGCUCAGCAGCAGGAGUCAGCAACGACCCAGAAGGCUGAACGGGAGGUGAGCCACAUGGUGGUGGUGAUGGUGGGAUCCUUCUGUCUCUGCUACAUGCCCUACGCUGCCCUGGCCAUGUACAUGGUCAACAACCGUAACCACGGGCUGGACCUACGGCUUGUCACCAUCCCUGCCUUCUUUUCCAAGAGCGCGUGUGUCUACAAUCCCAUCAUCUACUGCUUCAUGAAUAAGAAGUUCCGGGCUUGCAUCCUGGAGAUGGUGUGCAGGAAGCCCAUGACAGAUGAAUCCGACAUGUCUGGUUCUCAGAAAACAGAAGUUUCUACUGUUUCUUCUAGCAAAGUUGGCCCUCAUUAAAGACCCUCAACUGGCCUGUUGACGUCAAACAGAAAGCCACACUAAAGUCUCUACCUUCUCCAUUAAAACCCUAACCACUAAAAGCGUGGGGAGAGAUGGGAAUACUGGUACUGGGGAACCAGUUCCAUUUUUCUGUUAUUCUCUUCCUGUCAGUAAGGCCACACAGGCCAUUUCAGGUCACGG